AUGCCCAAAUUCUUUGCUGCAGCUGUUACAGUAGCAUAUGCUAACCGCCUUUUAUGCAGCGCCGAAGCAUUCAUUGCUGCCUAUUCGUCGCACCUCAAGCGCUCUGGAAAGCUCGAGGUACCAAACUGGGUUGACAUAGUCAAGACCGGCACCUUCAAAGAGCAAGGUCCCUAUGAUCCAGACUGGUUCUAUGUACGAGCAGCCGCGGUCGCUCGACACAUUUACCUCCGCAAGUCGAUGGGUAUCGGCGCUCUCGCCAAGCUGCACGGUGGACGAGCCAAUAGGGGAAACCGACCGUCGCACCACGCUGAUGCUUCGACCUCUGUCCAACGAAAGGUCUGCCAGGCCUUGGAAAAGAUUGGCGUGCUCGAACUCAUGCCCGAUGGUGGACGAAGAAUCUCGCAGGAUGGUCAACGAGACUUGGACCGUAUCGCGACGGCUGUAGUAGAGAGCCAAAAGGAGGAAGAUGAGGAGGAUGGUGGCGACGAGGAGGGCGAGGAGGAAGAGUAA